AUGGAGCCUGAAACUCUCCUCAAUCUCUAUGAUACUUAUUGGUUUGACCAUGAUUUACUCACCAAGAAAAAACCCACUAAAUUUCAAAAAAUCCCAGAAAUACCCUCAUCAAAUCCAGAAAUUCCAACUCUUCCAACAAUUCAAACCAAAUCAGCUGAAAGAAAAAUCAGCUCAAAUUCUUCUCCCCAAAAAAAACUAAGUGAUUCUUCUUCUGCAUCUCCAAAUUCUGUGCUUUUUUCCCCAAAACUUCAAACUAUAUUUUCUGGGAGAAUUUCAGCAGAUUUUGAAAUCCCAGAAGUUACCGUUACAACCCCAAAAACUGGGUGUACACCAUUGAAGGGUAAUUUGGGAAGAAUAAAGAAAAAGAAGAAUUUAAGCAAAAGUUUAUCAGACCUUGAAUUUGAAGAGCUAAAAGGGUUUAUUGAUCUGGGUUUUGUUUUUUCAGAAGAAGAUAAGGAUUCAAGUUUGGCUACUAUUAUUCCUGGAUUACACAGGUUAAAAAACUGUAGCGAGCAUACUCGCGAAAAGGGUAAUGAUAUAUGCAGCCGUAAUGAUACCGAUAACGAUAACAAUAACAAUAGUCAUGACAGCAGUUCAAUUUCAAGGCCUUACUUGUCAGAAGCAUGGGAAGAAUUGGAAAAGAAGAGAAGAGAAAACUAUGUGUUUAAUUGGAAAGUUCCUGCUCCUGAAAAUCAAGUUCAAAUGAAGGAUUAUCUCAGAUUUUGGGCUCACACUGUUGCUUCAACUGUUAAAUAA